AUGGAGUUCCCAGAGCACAGCCAGCAGCUACUCCAGAGCCUCCGGGAGCAGCGGUCUCAGGGUUUCCUCUGUGACUGCACAGUGAUGGUGGGUAGCACCCAGUUCUUGGCCCAUCGGGCCGUACUGGCCUCCUGCAGUCCCUUCUUCCAGCUGUUCUACAAGGAGCGGGAGCUGGACAAGAGGGAUCUGGUGUGUAUCCACAAUGAGAUAGUCACAGCCCCAGCCUUUGGACUGCUUCUGGACUUCAUGUAUGCAGGCCAGCUGGCCCUGUGGGGGGACACCCCAGUGGAGGAUGUGCUGGCAGCUGCCAGCUACCUACACAUGAAUGACAUCGUCAAGGUGUGUAAGCGGCGGCUGCAGGCUAGGGCCCUGGCCGAGGCAGACAGUACCAAGAAGGAGGAGGAGGUCAACUUGCAGCCCCCGAGUUUGGAAUUUUUGUCCAGUACGUCUCAUGGCCUGCAGCCUUCAUUGACUUCUGCUGAGACAUCGGGCCACUGGGGCAAAGCGGACUGGAAGGGCCCUGCUGCGUCCUCCACUACUGUCCGUCCUCCAGAUGAGCCACCGGUGCCCGGUGGGGCUGACACAACACAACCUGGCAUGGAAGUUGAUUCACCCCAGCUGCAGGCACCUCCCCCCGCAGUGGCUGAUGUUGCUCUUGCCAGCCCCAGUAGCUCCACGGAGACCAUUCCUGCCAACUACUUCUCUUCUGGCCUGUCAACUGUCUCAGCGGAGCCCUUGGCUCCCCUUGAUGUGGGUUCUGAGAGUCUGAGAGUGGCGGAAGUGAGGGGUACUGGAGGCCCACUGCGAGGCUUCUAUCCCCCGGCUUCGGUUCCAGCCCCAGUCCCAGAGGCUCCCCAGGCUCCGGCCCCAGCUGAAGCUGAGCUGGUCCAGGUGAAGGUGGAAGCUAUUGUGAUCUCUGAUGAGGAGCCAGAUGUGUCAGACGAGCAGCCUCCUCGGGGGCCUGGGGAACUGUUCCCACCUGGAGGGACAAUGUUUGGGGGGCGGCCUCCUCAGCCAGAGGCUUUUGAAGAGCCAGGGGCCACAGGACUGGAGGAGGUGGGUCCCAGUGACCAGUUCCUACCCCCAGACCUUCACUUACCCUACCAUUUACUGCCAGGCCCCGGGCAGUACCAUCGAGGACUGGUGACCUCGCCCCUGCCUGCCCCCCCAGCCCUGCAUGAGCCACUUUAUUUGCCUUCCGAGUAUGAAGCAGCUCCGGGAAACUUUGGGGUUUUUACUGAGGAUGUUCCCACUUGCAAGACAUGUGGUAAGACCUUCUCCUGCUCUUACACACUGCGGCGACAUGCCACAGUGCAUACCCGUGAGAGACCCUACGAAUGCCGAUACUGCCUGCGCAGAUACACGCAGUCUGGGGACCUCUACCGCCACAUCCGCAAGGCCCACAGCGAGGACCUGGCCAAGCGCAGCAAACCGGAUCCUGAGGCUGGCACCCUUCUUGGGGGGCAGCCCCUCCCUGGCUCCCCUACAGCAGAUAGACAGAGCAGUAGUAAUGGAGGGCCACCCAAAGAUUUUGGACUUGGCCCUAAAAACUAA